GUGUCAUUUUUGGACUUGAGCAAAACUUCAGUUUAUCGAGCGGUGGUGUGGCGGCGGCUUCGAGCUGAUUCACAACUUUCGGGGACGAAAUGGCCACCAGAAAGCACUAAAACAGAAAUGAUGAGGCCCGUUUAGCGACUUCCUCUUCAGAUGCUGUGAAGGAAGCGUGGCCGACCGCAGCAGGAGGCCAGGUUGUGUCACUUCUGUCAGCGCUGAGGAAGACGUAGCCAUCUAAAGACUGAGGAGGUGGGAGGAUGUCUGUGGAGGUGGACGUGUUGCUGCAGGAGGCGAAAGAAAGCAUCGAGGCGGCCCAGAACUACCGCAGUGAACUCCAGCAGCGUCUGCAUGGCCUCAACCAGGCCCGCAAACAGGUGCGGGGCAGCUCGGGUCAGGCCCGCGAGGCCCUGCGGAGGCACUUCGCGGAGCUGCAGACGGCAGCCAGUCGGUUGCUGACGGAGCGACUGACCGCCCUGCUGGCCGAGGUGGACGCCAUCGAGGCCGACAGCGUCAAACCGCUGGAUGACUGCCAGAGCCUCAUCGAGCAUGGGGUGGGCCAGGCCGACGAGCUGCUGAGAGAGGGGGAAGCAGCUCUGCGUUGUGGUCUCGGGGAGAAAGAGGACAAACUGGGUAGUUUCACAAAGAAAGCCAUGCACAUCCAACUGGAUAGUCUACCAGAGGUACCAGCGUUGGUGGAUGUCCCGUGUGUUUCAGCCCAGCUGGACGACUCCCUGCUGGGGCUGCUGAGGGAGCGAGUGUCCCGCCACGGCUCCGUCUCCUCCCACCCGCCCGUCCAGAUAGAAGAGCUGCAGGAGAGACCGGGCAGCAUCCUGGUCCGCUGGUGUAAGGUGGACGAGGACUUCGCUGCCGCCGAUUAUCGGCUGCAGUACCGGAAAUCUGGCAGCGGAGGGAACCAGUACGAGGACGCCUACAUCGGUCGGGACUGUGAGUUCCUGGUUCUCCACCUGGACCCUCACACCGAUUAUUUGUUCAGGGUGUGCGCCCGCGGGGAGGGUCGCACCGAGUGGAGCCCCUGGAGCAUCCCACAGACGGGAUACACAACGCUGGCGCCGCACGAGUGGUGUCCGGGCACUGAGGGUUACAUCCUGAGCAGCAGGAGAAACAUCGCGCUGCGCAAUGACUCCUCCCAAUCACGCUGCCCCGUCCUCUACUCCAACGCACCCACCUACUUCUGUGGACAGACACUGACCUUCAAGAUCUCGGCGGCGGGUCAGAUGGAUCGCAAGGACGCUCUGGGCGUUUGCGUGGACAACGGGAGCGGGAAGGAGUCGCUUCAGAGAGACCAGGCUGUCUGCAUUUCCACCAACGGUGCUGUUUUUGUCAACGGCAAAGAGAUGACCAACCAGCUGCCCGCCAUCACUGUGGGCUCCGCCGUGACCUUUGACAUGGAAGUGGUCAACCUGUUCCCCAUCAGCAACAACAACCUGAGCGAGGGGGGCAACUUCAAGCUGAGGGUGACCAUUGGCUCAGGGAACCGGGAGGUGGUGUUUGAUUGGCUGGUGGACCAGGCGGUGGACUGCCUCUCCUUCGGCUGCUCUUUCGUCCACUCCGGCUGGAAAGUGCUUGUGUUUUAAGGGCUCCGUCACUUUUUAUUUUAUUUUAUUUUUUUUUUAAAAGAGGAAGUCAAAAAUGAAUCCUCCAAUGUGCUGGAGUUUAGGAACCCUCUCACAGGCUCAGUUACAUCCAGUUUAAACGUUUCUCUUCUGUUGCUUUUCCUCUCACACCUGAGACACGAACAAGGGCGGCUGUAAAAUCUGGAAUCAAAGGAAAUCAAUCUUUAAAGUGACAGACUUCCAGAGUUAUCUUUCCACAUCAGCAGCUGCAUGCAGCCUGGAAAACUGGGAACUCUGUCAGGAGUUUUCCAUACAUGGAAAAUGACAAUAUUGACCAACACGUCCAGGAAAACAGUCGGCCGGCUGAAGCAGACCUGUGAACUUCUGCUGGGAUGCUCAAAUAGAAGUGAAACUUUGUCAAAUACAUAAUUUAAGAGUCAUGAAGAUGAAUCCUCGUCUGUCCUGCGGCUACAAAAUAAAUUUCCUCUGGAGUGCGUUUUCACAAACUGUAGGAUUAUAACUUCAUCCUUCAUUUAUUUUUAGAGACUAGUUCAAACUGUAGCUCCUGCUUCUCCAGAGGGAAUAUUCUUUGUAGCCGCAGAAUAGAUUAUGAAGAUUACAGACAAGUAGGGCUACAACUAACGAUUAUUUUCAUUAUUUUCUGGUUUAAUCAAGUCAACGCUUUGUCUACAAAACAUUAGGAAAACUGUGAAACAUGCACAUUAAGAUUACCCACAGCCCAAGGUUAUGUUGUCAGAUGUUGUUGUCAAAACUCAAAGAUAAUUCAAUUCACUAUAAUGUCAAGACAAGUAAAAGCAGUAGAAUCGCUAAUUUAAAAAGCUAAAAUCAUUAAAUGUUUGGUGUUUUAGCUUGAAAACAGACUUCAACAAUAAAAUAAUGGAUAAUAAAUUGCCAGUGAAUUUUCUGUCAGUCGACUAUUUGCUUAGUCGUCUAAUCGUUGCAGCUCUACAGACAAGUUUUGAUGAACGCUUUGCUGCAUUUAUAAAUGACCGGAGCUUUAGUUCUGCUUAUUUAUACAAAACAGCUGCUUGUUUCUUUGGCAGCGGAGGCACAGAUUCACUGCGAUUACAUGCUCGCACAGUAAAUAACCGGGUUACUGUCGGCGUUCUGCAAAUAAUCUGAAUUUGUCACAAAUAGACGACAAAAUCGGUUUCUACAUUCACGGUAGAGAAUCAGAGCGAUUUCUCCUGGAGAAAGGUGAUAAUUUCUCAGACAUGCAUCACUGAUUGUCCUCAGACAGAGAAACUGUGACAGUAGAGCAGCUGAAUGAAAUAUUCUUGUAUUUAAAAUAAUUGAACUCAAAACUGAAACUAACACAAAGUCGCCUCUAAAAGUGUAAAUAAUGUUUUCAGCUGCUGAAAUGUUCACAUUUAUCAUCAGCUACAAGUUUCUCACAUUAAUAAAAUACACUUAAAAUCCAUUGUCUUAAAAUACUUAAAAGAUUUUCACCCCGCUGCGUGCACACGACCACGUUCAGACGGACAACAGCACUGUGUGAGAUAGUAAACGCCGACGUUGGCCAAUCAAAAAAACAUGUAUUUCUACAGUUCACCUCGCAAUUGUUACUACGUGAGAUAAAAUGAUUUUCCUCAGUAUUAUAAACCUCUGUGAAGUGUUUUAACGUCUGUUACUCAAACCGCACUUUGUGGGUCGUAUUUUAUCGUCUCACCUGUACCUGAUACGUCGCUCCCACGCCAUCCGACGCACCUCCUUGUGUUUUUUGUUUUUUUUGAGCGCAGGGACUCCACACGUCGUACAGUUUCCUACAUGAUCUGAUUUCUCUGAGUAACCUUGUUUCUUGUGUGCAUGUAAACAUACUGACUGCUUCUCUGGAUGGAAAUCUGAUUGAUCCCGAUGAUUCCAGACUCUUUUUUUUUUUUUUUUACCCAGCAGUGAUCCAGAUCUUCUUCAGUCUUCAGGGAGCCACGUUGGAGGAGUGAUAUCUGUUUUUUUUGAAAAGUUAUCUCAUCACAUUUUUCUGGCUUCUAGUUUGUUUUUGUUUCAGUUUGAUUCCCGGGCCUUCUUACAAGGUUGUCCAUUGUUUACAGCUUUGUGGUUUUCUCCUUGGCACAUCCCUCACUGCGGGGAAAGAGUUGAUCUAUGCAUCGUCUUAAUUUAGCUGCAUUAAUAGUUUGACACCUCAUAGAUGUAAAACACAGCCUGUCUGGACACACACUCCGUUCCCAGGAGGCUGCAAAGAGGACAGAUGUUAAAUUUUUUUGCUUUUUAAGGGUUUGUUGUUUUGUUGUUUUUGUUGUUUUUGUCAGAAGCAGGAAAGCAAAGUCAGACACUUUACAAUCUGCCGCUGCCUCUUUUAAAGGGUUUAACUGCUAAACCUGCUGGACUUUUUUUGUUUUUCAUUUAAACAAAAACUCGUCACUGUGAAAGUCGCACCUCCUUUUUGUAUUGUUUUUUUUUUUUUGCCUCUUAAACUAGUUCAUCAUUUAAAGGGUCAGUUCACAAAAAAACAAAACAAAACAAACACAAACCGCCCCGAGUGUUAUCUGUCCGUCAUUUUGCAGAGACAAAUCAGCUAAAUCUCAGCCUGAUACAGGAAACCCUCCUACAAACUCAAUACGGCACCAAAUGUGGAUUCAUCCGCCACUGAAAACAGUCCCCAACAAAUGCACUAUUUCCUCCUGGUUGUUUGUUUUCAAAACUAAAGCGCACUGUUUAAGGAAAUUCCUUGCAGCUUCACACUUUAAUAAGUAUUGACCCUCCUGAUCUCUAAGCCAAUCAGAAGCUGUUUGGAAAAAGCAGAGACUGACAAAAAAAUCAGGAAUUUUUGCAGGUUUCGAACCUGAAAACAUCCCAGCAGGCUCAGUGGAACAAGAUCUGUGCUGCUUGUUGCAAUCAAAAACCGAAAAGCAAAGUUUCUGCACAUGUAAAGACGUCCAGAGACUCAUCUGUGAACAGUUUCAUCAUGAAAGACUUUUCUGCAGAAGAGCAGCUUUUAAUAAUCUUAAACUUUUUUUUUAAUUAUUAUUAUUAUUAUUAUUACUUUCAGCCCAUUAGGAUUGUGUGACUUAAUUAUUUUGUUUUCUCAACAUAACAAAAGUGUUUUCUUGUGACUGUGACUUAUGGUGCCAAUUUUAUUUUUAAGAUUGUAAUCCAGACAUAAUAAUAACAACUUUUUUUUUAUCCUGAGAUAACGACACGUCUUUAGAUAAUGUGAAAACUGAAUCAUUAUCUUGGGAUAAGACACUAACAAAGUAAAUAUGAGCACCAUUAAAUUUUAGAUGAUUUAAUCCGAGAUAACUAAAAAAAAACAACCUGCUGAAUAAGCACAGCUCAGAAGAUGAAAACAAUUGAUCAGCCGUUGAAAACGUACGUGAACUGUUACCUUUAAGAAAGACACGUUGCUCUUAUGUUUUAACUAGAAAUAAUCUGAGCUACAGAGGAUGAACUGUCACCUUUAAAAUAAUCCUUUUUCAAGCUGUUACAGCUGUUGAAUCAUCAACUUUUUUUUUUUUUUUAGCUUUUUUUUGCAAAGACAAUCCUAACAGAUUUUGACGAAGUGGGAGGUUGAGCGCGUGACACCGAGCUCGUCAGCUCCGGAUACGAGUGAUGUUAUUGAUUAAUCUGCUCCGACAGCCUGAAUUAUUACUGUAUGUGGCUGCUGUUAUAUAAGGGGAUCCGUGUAAAGACGUGACUGUCUGUGUUAAGUGUUGAUACAAAACAUGUUUGACGUGUAAACAGCAGAAAAACAAGGUAAAACAAAGGACUGAGAGCUUCAGUUAUUAGUUUAACGUCAUUGUUAAAUGAAAAGUUCAGUUUAAGGUGGUUUAAUUGGCAUUAUAACAAUUAUUUUCAUUAUAAGCAAUUAUUUUUUUGAUUAGUUGAUUAAUCAUUUGGCCUAUAAAAUGUCAGAAAUUGGUGAAAUAUUCUCCAGUUUCCAGCAUAAAGCCUCAUUUUAAAAGCAUCUUGUUUUAAUAAUAGUUUUGGGAAAUAUUUGUUUUCAUGCUGAGAGUUGGAAGAUUUAAUUUAAAAUAAAAAAAAAGGAAAAAAAAUCUAUCAGUGUUUCUAACUCUGGUACAUCAUGGCGUCCCGUUACGGUUUUCCACAAUAUUUAUGUUACUUUGAUGAAUAUAUUUGUCUCCUGUCAGUUGUAUUUCUUUUUUAUUUGAAGUAUGUUGUUAAGACUGAAAGGCCUCUUGUCAGUUAUUUGAAGUCUUGCUUUCAUCUACAUCUGGCAAACUUCAUGUCAUUAAGUCACACUUUGGCUUUUCUCAUUUUAAAGUCUAAACAAAAGAAAGUCUCGUGUUCAAUCUUUCCACUGUGUUGAUAUUAAAGUUUAUUCAUGUGCAGAUUUGACACGAGCAUAAACAUCAGUCGAUGUUUGUUCUGCUCACAGGAAGCGUCCGCGCCGCUGACUUGUUUUUUUUUAUUUUUAAAAAUACAGUAGAAAGUUUUGAGCCAUUUCAGGAAACCAACACCUCGUCUUCUGCUCUCAGGUGGCCACAGAUUUUUUUGAUCAAUGAGUCAGUCCGGCUUUUGUUUCGUCCUUCAGAGAUGUUUCCUUGUUUUUCUGCUGAUCUGAGGUCAGUGUUUUUGUCUCUGAGGAGGACAGUGGGACCGUGAACGGGUCCAGCUGAUGGUACAAAUGAACAUAAACUCACUGUAUCUUCUUACUAACUUGAAGGAGGGAAAACUGGUGACUGACCACAUUUAAAAAAAAAUAAAAAAAACUUUCAAAGCGUUUGGCAGUGAGCAGAGUGACAUCUGCUGGUCAAACCUUUGUGUUGAAUUUGUUCUGACUGCUGUCAUCCUUGAUAUUUUGUUCAAUAAAGGUCAUGUUAUAUAAAUUAA